UUCUUGCCCCUGUAUACAUAUGUAAAUGAUUUGUGGUGCCGUGACCAAAAACCAGUUCUUCUAUAAGAAAUAAAUCGCAUUCUAUUGUGUUCUAUAACAGGCUUCAGAUAACUCCUCCUCCUUCAGACAACGCACUGUAAUAUGCAAAUGAUCAUGAGGAAAGAAAUGAAUAUGCAAAUGAUGUCCAUGAUGUCACGGUGGGGGGCGUCUGCCAACUCUGAGCACGCGUGAGAGAUUUGAGACUUUCUCCUGUUUGUGAGUGUGUGUGAGUAAGUAUGUGUGUGUGAGAGAGUGAGUGUGUGUGUGUGUGUGUUUGUGUGUGUGUUUGUGUGUGUGAGUAAGUGUGUGUGUGUGUGUGUGUUUGUGUGUGUGUGUGUGUGAGAGAGAGAAGCUGUAGCCUCCUCUCUCCGUUGUUCCCGCGGUCAUGCUCCCCCGGUGCGCUGCAGUGAUGAUGAUGAUGAUGAUGAAGGUGACAUGGAGCGCGAGUAGCGGCUGGUCGCUGUGUGCGCUCGCGACGCUCGUGACGGCGCUGUUCCUCAUCGCGCGAGAGGAUCGGCACGCGCUCACGGUCAUCAUGACAAACAUCAUCAACAACAACAACUACAACUACAGCUUCUCCAACUCCUCUGCACACUCGUCCUCCUCUGCACCGGCUCGGCACGCGCGCAGUUACCCGCACCUGCAGGGCGACACGCACCGCCGGAAGCUCUACUCUUUCCAAAGGCUCUUCCUCCGGAUAGACGGCACCGGGAGAGUGACCGGGACCAGGAGCACAGACGAUCCGCACACUAUUCUGGAGAUCACGUCUGUGGAUGUGGGAGUGGUGGCUAUACAGAGCCUGGCCACUGGGUAUUACCUCGCCAUGAACAGGAAAGGAGAGGUGUACGGAGAGAGAGAGUACAGUGUGAACUGUCGGUUAAAGGAGCGUAUCGAGGAGAACGGCUACAACACGUACGCCUCGGCGCAGUGGAGGCAGCGACACAGAGCCAUGUUCAUUAGCCUGAACGCUAAUGGGAAACCGCUGCAUGGCCGGAAAACACACCGGAGGAACACAAACACACACUUCCUGCCCAUCACUGUGUGAGUGCGAGACGACUCCGUACAGAGUGACGGGAACAUAAAGGACUGAAGAGGAUCUCAGUGCUGAGGGACAGGGAGCAGUUCACUUCACACUGAUCCUGGAUCAGAUCAGACUUUUAUUCCUCUGCAGCAGUGAAUUAAACACAAACACACAGACCUGCAGCUCGGCCCUCACAGAUACACCUCACACCACGACACUCAGAACCUGAACCUCACAGAUACACCUCACACCACCACACUCAGAACCUGAACCUCACAGAUACACCUCACACCACCACACUCAGAACCUGAACCUCACAGAUACACCUCACACCACGACACUCAGAACCUGAACCUCACAGAUACACCUCACACCACCACACUCAGAACCUGAACCUCACAGAUACACCUUACACCACCACACUCAGAACCUGAACCUCACAGAUACACCUUACACCACCACACUCAGAACCUGAACCUCACAGAUACACCUCACACCACCACACUCAGAACCUGAACCUCACAGAUACACCUCACACCACCACACUCAGAACCUGAACCUCACAGCCUGGAAUUCAGAAGGUACUCUUCAGAACCUGAACUUUCAGAACUCUCAGCAUGGAACAUCUCAGAUGGAUCUCAACAUGUAACUGGCACAGACAUCAGUACUGAAGUGAAAUAGAACUCAGAACUGGUCAGAAUUCAGAACUUACAAUAUAAAAACAAAGAGCUUGGAAUUUAGGACUUUAUCGUUAAGACUUUAAAAAGUUACACAGCAUAUGAUUAUUAUUAUUAUUAUUAUUAUUAUUUGUAAGUUAUUAUAAUUAGAAGUAACAGAACCUGGAGUUCAGAGUUCAGAACCUGAGAGCCUGGAUCUCAGAAAUCUGGUCAGAACUUCAGAGUUCUCCCUCAGAGCUCAGAGGUGUGGAGCUGCUGGAGUUCUGAGAGACUUUAUUUAUUUAUUUAGAUUUGUAUUCAAGUGUAGAAAAGAAAUGAAGAGUCUGAUAUUUAGCUUUACAUAAUAGCAAAUAAAACUAUUUUCCUUA